GCUAAUUGGGUCAGGAGGACUAUGUGAGAGGGGGGUGAGUUCUUUUCAUCUCAAGAGCCCGGCCACUCAGUCCAAAUGAAUUGUCGCUCCGGCUAGGAGGUCCACCUUCUCUUCUAACUGAUUUCAAGCUGUUUCUUACAUUGGGUUCACUAAUGCCUGUGUCUACACGGUCGCAAACGAGAGAGAGAGAGAGAGAAGAGAGAAGCUUUUGAGUGUUGCUCUUGAGGGAGUGAGGAGAGGGAAGAGGAGUGUUCGUCCCAGACAAGUAAGGAAGUACGGACCCCUCUUGAGAGACUUAUUGACUCCCUCGUCCUCCAUCAUGGCAUCUGCAGCAGAUUGGAAGCUGCAAAUGGACGCUGCCCCUGAGGCAGAGAAAGCGCAGUACCGAUUCUUCUAUGAGAAAGCAUUGAAGAGGGAGGAGGAAAAGAAAGAGAAGGAGAGGGAGGAGAAGGUAAAGGUUCAUGAAGCCAUUUUCUGUACCUUGCCUGCCCUGACCGAUGCGGAGGUGGAAGAGAAAACCGUUCCACUCCUCCGGGCUUUGGUGGACGUCCGGACUGUCGAGGACCACACUGGCCAACUCGCCAAAGUGUUCGACGAACUUAUGAAGUUGCGCGAGGACAUGGCCCUGAUGGCGCAGCAGCACCGUGGCCAGAUGCAACAGUUUGCUAAUGUGCAGCCAGCUCAAAGCAUCCUUCCGUCUACCUACCCUGCUUCUAGUGCUGCGUGUCAGUCUGUUUUUGCCCCUCUAAAUGUGUCUUCUUCUACUUCUUCUUCGUCUUUGAGUGUGGCUAACAGCCAAACCGGAUCUGCAGCAGGUCCAGACCCCGCUACUGCUGCUGCAGCGGCAAGUGGCGGUGCCGGGAAUUCUGGAACUGUUGCAGUCCCGAGUUCAGACCAGACAAUGGCUGGUCUUAGCGGCAGCUUUGCCUACAUCGACAGGAAGGCGGCGCAGAUUAUGUCCAAGUAUGACGGAAAGGACGACAUCGAGUCUUGGAUCAGCUCCAUGCGAUCCUACUUUGAUGUGUUGGGGACCCCCCCGUCAACCCAGUCGUCUAUCCUAGGGACUAAUGUGGAGCCCGUCGUAAGAGGUUUCUUGGAAACCCAAGCUGUCCAAUCAGGCUAUAAGAGAAUAGACCUGAACAAAUGGCUGAAGGCUACGCCUACCGCCACACUCGAGGAUCUCUUGAUCAAACAGUAUGCUGAUCCACAUGCUGCAGCCAAAGCUAGACUUAAGCUUGACAAGCUCAAGCACAACAAGUGGACCGGCACCAUGCAUAGCCUGCAACAGUAUGUUAGUAAACUCUUUGCUACUCCGGAUUUGGAGAUGACUGCGGAGUCUUCUUUGGAUGUGAUAAAAGGUACGGUCCCCUCUACUCUAAAAGAUCGCCUAGGGCUCAGACACAGCGCAUAUACAGAUUGGCUUACCCUCAUGCAGGAUUUAGUCAAGCUGGAAGCACAAGACCUCCCGGGUGGAUCAAGUGGCAAAAAGACCACCAGCCGCAAACGGUUUCCAGGCAGCAACCGUUUUGCAGCACACGAUCUGCUUGAGGCUGAGGAGGAGACCCUCAUGGAGGAAUCUUCUCUUGAUGACGAUCAAGAGCAAGACUGCGGGGUAUCUUGCUCUUUGUCAUCCCAUGAGUCUAAGUAUGUGAACGAUGAUGAAUCUAUGAAUGCCUUUAAAAAGCCUGCCUUUCAAAGUAAGGGACCGAGGACCACAAUGAAGAACAAUACUAACACCAUUCUUCUUCCCAAGGGAGCGAAAAGACCACCAGCCGCAAACGGUUUCCAGGCAGCAACCGUUUUGCAGCACACGAUCUGCUUGAGGAUGACGAGGAGACCCUCGUGGAGGAAUCUUCUCUUGAUGACGAUCAAGAGCAAGACUGCGGGGUAUCUUGCUCUUUGUCAUCCCAUGAAAGUGGGGUCAAAGUCUUCAGCAAGAUCGAUCUCAAGUCUGGCUACCACCAGAUUGAAGUCGAUCCUGCAGACCAGUACAAAACCGCAUUCAAAACUCGCGAUGGGCUGUACGAGUUUACCGUCAUGCCCUUCGGCCUCACGAACGCACCAGCCACCUUUCAAAGUCUCAUGGACAGUAUUCCGCAAUCAGAUCAACCGGUUUGUUGUUGUUUAUCUGGAUGACAUACUCAUGUUCAGCAAAUCGAUGGAGGAGCACAUGAGACAUCUUGAGAAAGUGUUACAGGUCCUCAAGGAAGCGCAACUCGAUCUCAACUUGGAGAAAUCUGAGUUUGGGAGGGAUAGCGUCAUCUACCGUGGGCACCGGUUGUCUGCUGCAGGUCUAGAGCUUGAGGCAACCAAGGUUGAGGUCAUCCGCAAUUGGCCUCAACCGGCAAAUGUCUGCGAGUUGCGUUCUUUUCUUGGUCUUGCGUCGUACUACCGUAAGUUUGUGCCUAAAUUUUCUAUCAUCGCCCGUCCGCUGUCUAGAUUGACCAGCAAGAAUGUGUCCUACAUAUGGGAUGGGGAAUGCACGACAGCCUUCCAAGCACUAAAGGAGGCCUUGGUGAGUCAUCCGGUGCUCCUCAUUGCAGAUCCCAAACUCACAUUCGUAGUAACUACGGAUGCCAGUUUGUAUUGGAUUGGUGCAGUGCUGCAACAAGAUGACGGCGACGGCUUACGACCGCUAGAAUUUUAUAGGAAACGUAUGCCCAGUCACAAGGUAGCUGCCUCCACUUACAUGCGAGAACUCUAUGCCUUGAGAGAGGCACUAGACCACUGGAAGCACUACCUCUUGGGUCGCCAUUUCAAAGUGUUCUCAGACCACGAGACCUUGAAAUGGGUUCAGAUACAGAACAAUCCCUCAACUACGCUGACCCGCUGGUUGCAUGAGAUUGAUGUGUAUGAUUUUGAGAUUAAGCACAAGAAAGGUUGUUGUAAUCGAGUUGCAGACGCUUUGUCGCGCCACCCUGAGUACAUGACUUGCCUUGUGGGUUCCUAUGACCUGCGUAAAAAUCUGAAGGAGGAACUCAUAUAGAGCAUACUGCCAAGGUUCCGGAACUCAGUCCCAUCCUUGAGAAGAUUCGGGUUGACCCUGGCAGUCAGCCUGAUUUCCAUGAAUGUAAGGGCCUUCUCUUCCGACGUUAUGGGAAGCAUGACCGAUUGUGUGUGCCCAACCAUGAGCCGAUCAUGACUCACUUCUUGGAUUUGGCUCAUGGCCGGAGUGGAUAUUUCGGUGUUGAGAAGACAUACGGGAAUCUGUUAGAAAAAAUUGUGUGGCCUGGAAUGAAAAGGAUGGCACAAA